UCAAAUUACAUCAGCCAGCCUGACUGGAACAAUAUUCUAACUUGUUUCAAAAACUGGUCAGAAUAGAGCUAUUCAAAAUAGGCAAACAUUGAAAAUAUUUCGUAAAGGAAAGGAUUUUGAAUCUCCAAGAUCUAAAGAGACCAAUGGAUUAAAAACUUUUCAGGAUUACUUGCUCUGUCUUUCCUGACUGUAACUAACUUAUGGUUGCUAAUAUAAUUUAGAAGAUGAUUCCAGCUCAAGAAUAUUUACUUGAAGACAGAACAAAAAUCUUUGAAUAGAAAGAACCUUAUUAACUAAAAUAAAUCACCAACAGGUCAAAAAUGAGUAAAAGAGAGAUAAGCAUAUGUCACCAAACUCAAGCCCUUCUGUAUAAGAACAUCAUUAAAAAAUGGAGGAUGAAAAAAGAAAGUUUAUGGGAAUUACUUUCCUCUCUGGGUGUAAUUCUUCAUCUGUACCUACUUUCAACAGUUAUUAGUGUUACUCAGUUUCAAGAACAUCCUUCUGUGGACCUUGGACGCAUAGAUAAAUUUAAUGAUUCUGACUUUGCCAUUGCAUAUACACCAGUCUCCAAAAUGACUCAACAGAUAAUAGAAAAAGUAGCAUCAACUUCCUUUAUGAAAGGAAUAAAAAUAUAUGGAACUCCAGAUCCAGAAGCCAUGGAGAGAUUUUAUGAACAAAACAGGACUGAAGUCGUGGGGAUCAUCUUUCAUAAUGCUUUUUCAUAUGAAAUGAAGUUUCUUUGGGCCCAGAGACUUCCAUUUCUUGAGGAACACAAAGACCAUGCAGCUCACUGCUAUAAUUAUAAAGAAGGCUUCCACUGUUUACUUGAGAAAUAUUGGACACGUGGUUUUGUGGCAUUUCAAGCUGCCAUAAAUUCUGCUAUCAUAGAAAUCACAACAAACCAUUCAGUGGUGGAUAAAAUGAUGGCAGUCACUGGAAUAAAAAUGAAGAUGCUACCUUUCAUUUCUAAAGGGGAAAUACUGUAUGAGUUGAUUCUUUUCUUCUACAUAAUUUCAUUCACCCCAUUGAUAUAUUUUGCAUCACUCAAUGUUACAAAAGAGAGGAAAAAAGUCAAAGAAUGGAUGAAAAUGAUGGGUCUCCAAGAUUUAGCAUUCUGGCUCUCCUGGGGUGUGCUGUAUGCUGGCUUCAUCUUUAUUAUGGCCACUUUUUUAGCAAUUACCAUAACAUAUUUCGAACUAAUAAUCAUCACAGGCUACCUGGUGAUAUUCACUGUGUUCUUUCUUUAUGGUCUCUCUUUGGUAGCUUUUGCUUUCUUGCUGAGUGUUUUGAUAAAGAAACCUGUACUUAGUGGCUCAAUCACAUUCCUCUUUAUUGUUUUUUGGGGAAGUUUGGGAUUUGUUUCAUUACAUAAACAACUUCCUGCAUCUUUGGAAUGGAUUUUUUGUUUCAUGAGUCCCUUUGCCUUUAUUCAUGGAAUUAUCCAAAUCAUAUGGUUGGAUUAUGACUUGACAGGUGUUACUUUCCAGGAUCCCACAGGGAGAUCACAUAUAUUAAUAGCAACAAUUUUUAUGCUGAUUUUUGAUACUAUCCUCUAUUUGGCACUCACAUUGUAUUUUGACAAAAUCUUACCAAGUGAAUAUGGAUACCGGCACUCUCCCUUGUUUUUUCUAAAGUCCAGACAUCAACACCACAAAGUCCUAGAGAAUGAGGCAAGUCCUGAAUAUUACUGUGACUCUUUUGAACCAAUUUCACCAGAAUUCCAUGGGAAAGAAGCCAUCAGAAUUAGAAACAUAAGAAAAGAAUAUAAAGGAAAGGUGGAGAAAGUGGAAGCUUUGAAAGGUUUGCAAUUGGACAUCUAUGAAGGCCAGAUCACGGCAAUACUUGGUCACAGUGGAGCAGGAAAAUCAACACUGCUAAAUAUACUUAGUGGACUGAUUGUUCCAACAGAAGGUUCAGCUACUAUCUAUAACAACAAUUUUUCUGACAAGACUGAUUUGGAAGAAAUCAGAAAGAUAAUUGGUGUUUGUCCACAAUUCAAUGUGCAAUUUGACUUCCUCACCAUGAGAGAAAAUCUCAGGCUAUUUGCUAAAAUUAAAGGAAUUCAGCCACAGAAAGUGGAACAAGAGGUACAAAGAGUUGUUAUGGAAUUGGAAAUGAAAAACAUUCAAGAUGUCAUUGCAGAAAACCUAAGUGGUGGACAAAAAAGGAAGUUGACCUUUGGGAUUGCCAUUUUAGGAGAUCCUCAAAUUUUGUUAUUGGAUGAACCAACUGCUGGAUUGGAUCCUUUUUCAAGGCACCAAGUUUGGAAUCUCCUAAAAGAACAUAAAUCAAAAAAAGUGAUCCUUUUGAGUACACAGUUCAUGGAUGAGGCUGAUUUAUUGGCUGAUAGGAAAGUGUUUAUGUCCAAAGGGCAGUUGAAGUGUGCAGGUUCUUCUCUGUUUCUGAAGAAAAAGUGGGGUAUUGGAUAUCACUUAAGUUUGCACAAGAAUAUUCAAAUCUGUAACUCAGAGACCAUAACAUCUCUUAUAAAACAUUAUAUUCCUGAUGCCAAAUUAAAAGAAGAAAAUGAAGAAAAGCUUGUGUACACAUUACCCUUGGAAAGGACAAAUAAAUUUCCAGACCUUUACAGAGAUCUUGAUAGCUGCAUUGGCCAAGGCAUUGUGCAUUAUGGUGUUUCUAUGAUGACUCUGAAUGAAGUUUUCCUAAAACUAGAAGGAAAAACAGCUACUGAUGAAGCAGAUUUUGGCAAUUGGGUACAGGCUCAAACAGAAAUGUCAAGAAACUCUGAGGGCUCUGUUGAGCUUAAUGAGGCUUUCUCUUCGUUUUCUGGAAGGAGGGAGGUGACACUUGGUUCCAUGGCUCUGUGGAGACGUCAAGUCUGUGCAAUAGGAAGGCUUCGAUUCUUAAAACUAAAACAUGAUAAAAAAGCUUUCCUGUGUAUAUUACUGUUGUUUGGAGUGGCUUCUAUACCUUAUAUUGUGGAAGAAAUAGUAUUUAAUAGAUUUCAUCAAUCUACUGCUUGGCGCCUUUCACCUAAAUCAUAUUUCCUCUCUCCUGGACAAUAUCCACAAAGUCCACUCACCAGCCUAUUGGUCAUCAAUAAUACAGGAUCAAACAUUGAAGAUUUUAUAGAUUCUUUGAAACACCAAAACAUAGUUUUAGAAUUAAAGGAUUUUGAAAAGGAAAAUGGUACAGAUGAUCCAUCAUACAAUGGAGCCAUCAUUGUAUCAGGUGAAAAAAAGGAUUAUAGGUUUUCAGUUGCAUGUAACACCAAGAGACUGAAUUGCUUUCCUGUGCUUGUGGAUGUCAUUAGUAAUGGACUCCUUAAAAUGUUCAAUUCCUCAAAGCAAAUUCAGACUACAAGAAACAUAUUUCCUCAUAUAACUGUGUUGCUUGAUCUUGGUUAUUUGGACAGCAAUGUUUUCUGGCAAUUGAUGGCUACCAGCAUUUCUCCUUACAUUGCAAUAAGCAGUAUCUAUGAUUACAAAAUAAGAGCUCAAUCCCAACUAAGGAUUUCAGGCCUCUACCCUUCCGCAUAUUGGUGUGGACAGGCCCUGGUGGAUAUCCCAUUUUACUUUUUGAUACUCAUUGUAAUAAAUAUACCUAUAUCUAUUACAAAAUACAAAAACAUCCCAGAAUUUUCACCUGAUAUAGCAGUGGAGUUUGCUAAGGUCCUGUCAAGCAUUGGUUAUGCAGCAUCUAUUAUUUCUUUCAUGUAUAUUAUUUCAUUCAUCUUUCGUAAUGGAAGAAAACAUAGUAGCAUUUGGUGUCUGUGCUUCUUUAGUGUUUCAAUAUUAUUGACAAAAAUUCUUGAGAUCAAGUAUAAAUUUUCCCAAAUCCUUCUCUGUACUAUAUUAAUACCCUUCUUUACCCUGAUUGGAAUAAAUGGAUAUGUACUUGAGUUCUAUUAUUAUAGCAAAAGAAUCAAAGAAGAUAAUGAUGAUGAAAUGAGUGAAGAUAUAUUCUUCAUAAUUCUCUUACCUUAUCUCCAUUGUAUCAUUUUUGUUUUCAUUCUCCGGUAUCUGGAAAAAAUGAAAUAUGGAAAAAACUUAUUAAGAAUGGACCCUGUCUUCAGGAUGUUUCCAUCAAGUAAAGAUGCAAGUCCCAACCCUGAAGAGCCAGAAGAUGAAGAUGAAGACAUUCAAGAAGAAAGAGAAAGAACAUCAAGGGCAUUGACUACUUCAAACCUUGAUGAGAAACCAGCCAUUAUUGCUAGCUGUCUACGCAAGGAAUAUGAAGGCAAAAAGAAAAGUUGCUUUGCAAAGAAGAAGAAGAAACUGGCUACAAGAAAUAUCUCUUUCUGUGUUAAAAAAGGAGAGGUCCUGGGGUUGCUAGGACACAAUGGAGCUGGCAAAAGUACAGCAAUUAGGAUGAUAACUGGAGAAAUAAGACCAACUGCAGGAAAGGUGGUGCUAAAAAGGAAGAGUAUAGACACAAGUCAACAAAGAGAUGAAAUGUUCCAGUUCCUUGGCUACUGUGCUCAGGAAAACACACUCUGGAAAAACAUUACAGUGAGAGAACAUCUGGAGCUAUAUGCUGCAGUAAAAGGAAUAAAUAAAGAAGAUGCCACAGCUAUAAUUUCACGAUUGGUGGAUGCUCUCACACUUAAGGAGUACAUGAAAUUUCCAGUCAAUAAGUUGUCACCAGGCAUAAAACGAAAGUUGUGUUUUGCACUGAGUAUGCUGGGAAAUCCUGCUAUAGUACUUCUGGAUGAACCGUCAAUUGGAAUAGACCCAGAAGGGCAGCAGCAAAUAUGGCAGGCUAUUCGGGCAACCUUUAAGAAAAAGGAGAGGGGUGCUAUUCUGACUACACAUUACAUGGCAGAAGCUGAAGCUGUGUGUGACCGAGUGGCCAUUAUGGUGUCAGGACAACUACGAUGUAUUGGUUCCAUCCAACAUCUGAAAAGCAAAUUUGGCAAGGAUUAUUUACUAGAAAUAAAAAUAAAGGACCCUUUGCAAAUGAUGCCCCUACACACUGAGAUUCUGAAGCUUUUUCCAAGAGCAGCCCGGCAAGAAAGGUAUUCUUCUUUGAUGGUUUAUAAAUUACCUAUGGAAGAUAUUCAACCUCUCUCACAAGCUUUUUCCAAAUUAGAGGCAGCUAAACAUACCUUCAACCUGGAGGAAUACAGCCUCUCUCAGUCCACUUUGGAACAGGUAUUUCUAGAGUUGUCAAAGGACCAGGAGCUGGGAGAUUUUGAAGAGGAACUGGACACAACAGUAAAAUGGAAACUCCUCCCUCAGGAAGAGCCUUAAAGACAAAAACCUCCUAAAUUUUCUUUAAGUUCAGUAGAAUCAUUUGUAAUCCUGUUAAUUUGCAUUAUUAAUUUUUCAUUACAGAAGAAAGUUAACCAAAUACUUUUGAAGCAUAUAUUUUUACUCUGUAACUAAUUAUAAUUUUAAAUGACUGCUUACUAAAGUGAAGGAAGAUAAAAGGACUACGAUUAAAACAGUAAAUAGUGAUGGAGAUAGGCAAUGAGUAGCAAUGGGAACAAGACCCUCAUACUCUGAAAUCUUGCAAUUCUCACCAGUUAGCACUAGUUAAACAUAAACUGCAGCAUUAGUCAAGCAUAAACUGCUAAAUCUGUAUUGUUAAUUAGUUAUUAUCAAUUACUUGAACUGAAUCUGUAAUAUUCUCUACUGGUCAUCAGCUCUAUGCCUAAUCUGUUUAAUUAAUUACUUAAAUCUUUCCAUAUUUAGAUUAGAACUGUAAAAUAUAAUCAAUUACCUAUAGUGGUCUUUCAAUGUUUUGCACCCUCCUGCUCCCACUUUCUCAUUCCAGAAGAGCAGCUAGACCUCUCACAGUUUGACAUAUGAUGACAAGACUGACAAUGGGAAACUAGGCACCUGUGCACUGGUGACUCUUGCAUUCCAGAAGAAUUCCCCAAACUUCCACAUGGUCCUUAUUCCCCAUGAUGUACAUGCCAAAAACAAAAAACACACCUCCACCUGAAUUUGGCUAUGUUCAUUUUCCAGGGUUUUUGGGAAAGGUGAAGAUUUCUCUGGAAUGGGAGAUGACUAGUUCCUAAACCCUAAUUAAUAUGCCAACUCUGAUCCACAGAGAAAGCUUCUAUUUUGUAGCAGAAGCUGUUCCUCUACAGCUGAGGCUGCUACUCCACACAGGGAUCUACUACUAUACAAUGGAAACCGCCACUCCAAAGCAGAGCUGCUACUCCAUACUCAAAGCUGCUACUCCGUACCUGGAGGGCUGCUAUUCCAUCAGCUCCAGAGAGGCUACUCUACUAGCCCCUGGACUUGCCCAUCAGCCCUAAGGCUACCUGAUUAGUCCCCAGACUAUCGAAUCAGCUAUUAGGCUAUUACAUAACCAUAAACCUCUUAUUAAAAUAAAAUUAUUUUCUUACUUCUGGAUUGAACAGUUUUUAAGUCUCCCAUUCUUGGGAUAAGACCCUGCUACAAACUUGGUUAUGCUUCUUCCAUAUAGAGACCUGGCCUGGAGUCCCUAUAUGAUUUUUAUCUGUGGGUAGUAACCUGUGGAGGAGAAGGGAGACUAAGGAAAUGGGUGAAUAAUAAAGACUCAGAGACAACAAGUUAGAAGAUAUGGGGAGUGGCGCGAACUCCUUAAUGUUUCCCUUGGAUACUUAAUUAAAGGGAAACAUGAGCAAUAAGAAAACAUGUGGGGAGUAACAACUCCUUAAUGCCUCCUAUGGACAAGAGAGUCCGAGGAUUAAUAGGAAGCAUGGGGGCUACAGCAUCGUGAGGAUCAACAGGAAAAGAUAGGACAGAGCAUUUGGAAGAUACAGGGAAGUAAGAGGUGUAAGAGAAGAGGAAGUAAGAGAGAGAUUCAUGCUUGUUCCCCAGUAUUUAUUGGAGAUUUUAGGAAUGUGGAUUAGGAGGAAAUCACCGCAUAUGUAACAUGGCAUGGGUCUUAACAUUGGUUGAAUUGACAAUAACAAGAUCAAAGAAGUGGAGAUUAAUCCAACCUGAGCUUUGCAAAUGAAUGUACUCUGAGCCAGGGCAGUGUGGCUGUCAAGGUCCAGUCCAUGAAUUUGCCCAUCCUUUGCUAGUCCUUGGACUGUCCCUUUCCAUACCAUGUGUCUGGUAAAUGAAUCUACAGGAUACAAUAUCAAUACAUCAACCAUACUUUCCAGAUGCUAACAUGCCUGGUAUGCUACAUCUCUGAUUUCAGACAGAGCUUCUCAGAUUUCUUCUGUAUUUGCAUACCAUUCUAAGUAUAUGUUCUGUAUUCUAUGAUGUGAGAGCAGUACAAGAAGACAGGGACUUCCAUGCCCAAAGAACCCCAGGACAUAAAGCUUCUGGGUAGAUAGGAAGUCAGGGGCUUUCCAUUCAGCAAGACUGUGUAAAUAAGCCUAGAACACCCCAGAAUGCAAGGUCUCUGGGUAGUCAUUAAAUUAGAAGCAGUAGACAUGUAGCUUUUCCCCUUAGCAUGAACUCAACCCAUUCUCCUUAGCUUGAACUCAACCCAUUCUUCUCUCCAAGUUACCAGAUAUCCUGCUAAGAAACCACUAGUGCAAGAACUUCAUUAGGAGCCUAGCUAGUGAGUCACCCCCUGAAUUACUGCAUCCAGCUAGGCAAUCAUACAUUGACAUAUUGAUUCAUUACAUAUAGAAAACUCUUGUUUGGUAUCACUGAAGUAACAUGUUCAUUAUCCUUACCUUGUGAAUCAUUACCUAUGAAGAUAAUCCUCUUACCUACAUCAUUUACCCUAUAAAUUGUAGACCCCAACCCAAUAAACUUUGCCACUCCUCUGAGAA